GUUCUAGGUUAAAUAGAAAAUUCUAAUUUUUAUAAUGAUAUAAAAAUUAGAUAAUACAAUUAUAUUUUUAUAUUAAUUAUAUUUUAUAUUAACAUUUUAAGAGCGAGUCAAUUUGUAGCUCAAUGUUCAAAACAAUAAUGUGCAGAGUUUUCCAAAGUUUUGUACCCCUUUCAUACAUGUAUUUCGUUUUUAGUCUUAUGAUUCUUUUUUAAAUAUUCCAAUUUUUGUUUUAUAAAGUUUUAAGAUGGCAGAUUUAACUAUUUAAAAAUAUUAAAAAAAAGUUCGUAUACACAUACGAAUAUUGAAAUCGCAACCGAAUUCUUUGCAUGAAAUACUUUUAGACAUCACGUGUGAUUAUAUGCAUGUAUUUUUCACAAUUUUCAAUAAUCAAUAAAUAAUUAUAAUAUUUUGGAAUUUUCGAAUUGUAUAUAUAUAAAAUUUCAUCGCACAAAAUCGACACAUGUCACUCAUAAUCAGUUAGGUGACGUUCCCCAUCCGUGUUACUCGGUUAGGGUUGCAGAAUAAUAGGAGAGGGAGAGAGCGUGCGAUUAUCCAAGGAAGCGUUAUGCAACAACAGAUCAUCGCUUUAUAUUUUUCACAAUCUCCAGUUGCACCAUGGGAUCCUAUUCCUUCGUGAUGGCAUUUUCUGAACCGCAGUAACAUUGAUGGCACUACUCCUCGUAUGUAAUGAUAUCCUAAUCGUAAUCUAAUCAAUCGUGCCUUGGCAUUAUGUGCCACCUGAGAAUACAGUUUUAUAGCGAAAAUUUGAGAUAAGAAUAUGAAUUGAUUCGUGAUUUUAAAUUAAUGGAAAGGUGGAUGUCAAACACGUUUUUUAUCUACCGAGAUACACAAGUUAUUUGAUUCGUGACAAUGAGGAAAGUUAAUAUAGUUAUAUUAUUAAAUAGUCGGGAAGCGAGCCUAGCCGGGGCAGCAGUGCGGCAGAGAUGAAACAUUGUCGGGAAACGUGUUUACCAGCCCAGCCUCGCACGAGACGCGAAUGUCUCGUCUGGGCUAGGAGAUUAAAUAGAAAUUUUCAAAGUAAAAACGUUAAUGAAAAGAGACAUGGAGCACAAGCAAACGAUCUUGCUCGCACCUGCGUUGAGCAACAGCAGCUGUUGGCGAAGAGAUACAUCCGAAGCCACUUGGACUGGACCAGGCCCAGGGGAAUUGUUACGCGCCGCUUUAAUUCUUGCACUCAGUCUCGGUAUCCUUUGCGCCAAUCUGCUAGUAAUAUGCGUCAUAAACAGCAGACGAUACAGCAAAUACAUUCACGCACAGCCAAAGUACUUACUUACAAGUUUGGCGAGCAACGACCUAGCUAUUGGUCUUCUGGUUACACCAUUCGGCUUCUUACCAGCCGUCUACGGAUGUUGGCCAUAUGGUGAAGUCGUCUGUCAAAUACAGGCACUUCUUAGAGGAGCUUUAACUCAGCAGAGCGCUGUUAUCCUCGUCUGUAUGGCAAUUGAUCGUUACGUUUGUAUGCUACACCCGCAUCAUUAUCAUAAACACACAUCUAAAAAGUAUUACAUGCGGCAGGGUUGCGUGGCAGUGAUGUCAACUACUUGGAUAGCAAGCGUGGCGAUUUUUGGUGCUCUCGUACUACCAAGAGGUGGUUACUACUUUAACGGCUCUGGUCUCCUUGCCUGCGACCCUUUCUUCGCCAGGGCUUCCCUUCGGAUUCUCGCGUGCUGUUGUUUUUAUUUCCCUACAACGAUGGUGCUGAUGUACUGCUACGGUUCAGCCUUCCACGUUAACAAACUGCGCCUGAAAAGGGUGGUUUGCGUUAACACCCCGGAGGUCGUUAGUGGAGGCCAUAUGGAGAGGCUUGUAGCUCACGAGAGACGACUGUCAACUUCUGCCUCGCGAACAAUGGCUGCAAUGAGUUUAGGAUUCAUUGUUAUGGUCACACCAUGGACAAUUCAGGAAGUCGUUGCAGCUUGUACCGGAAGCAAACCACCACCAUUCCUCGACUUCCUUGCCACGUGGCUUGCGCUCUCCAACAGCUUCUGGAAUCCGUUCCUCUAUUGGCUGCUCAACAAUCACUUUCGCCGUAUUUCAAGGGAGCUACUCUACACUAAGGUACUUUGUAGGCCAAAACCGUUGGGACCGAAACAGCAUUGUUGCGCUACUAGCACAGGUGGUCUUGAUGUUUGCAGUAUGGGAGGAGUUGACUUAUCAGGUUUAGAGCGUUGCUCAAUAGACCGAUUUUCGAUGGCUCGGUGUUCCUCUUCGUCAUUAGCCAAUACACCGCCACCACUUCCUUGGGAAACCGGACAUGUCCUACAUAAUGACGCUACGCCUACGUGAGUUAGGGAUGCCGCCACGCAAACGGAGGACUUAGGAUCUCCAACGCAUGCUAGUUAGUAUAGCGUGGCGGCAGAAUGGCACCCCGUGAUUCACUACGCUGGAAUUGAACAGUCAUCGCAUCGCCAGUAUUUCCGAAAUAACUCGUCUUCAUCGAUAAUGGAAUAUUCGUUGCAGGAAGAAAGGAUGCGGCACGAAUACUCUGCGCAAAUCCAACGUAAUCGCCGAUAUUAUUUGGAAAAUAUGCGCUUCAAAAGCGUGCCGGAUUUGAUUCGAGACCUCGAAUCCAGUUAACGUAUUUAUCUGAAAUAAACACGUUAUCGAAGAUAGGCAUAACGUGCGAUAAAUAACGAUACAGAAUUGAUGUUCGUCGACGAACACAGUACGAUUUCCUAUUAAUCAAAGAUUUAAGACUUUUUAUUAUAGAUUAACGAUAUUUAACCGAAAGAUGCAAGGCGUACUGUCUUGGAAGUUAAGAAUACGAUUUUUCAUAAUUUGAAUUAAAAUGUAAGUACAUGUCUGUAGUAUUAAAAUAUAAAAUAUAAUAAUAAACUUAAGCGAAUUAUAUAAAAUUAUUAUAUAGUUUCAAUGCUUCUCUAUGAUUUCAGAGUAAAAGCAAAAGAUUCCUUGGUAUCACUAACGAUUAGUGUUCAUUAAUAAUUAGUGCAUCAUUAACGACUGUCUGUUAUACGGUAUCGUUUCAGUUUAAAGGCAUUUCGCUGAAAUAUAUGCCUGUAAUUUUUUGCCGAAAUACCAUAUAUUUAUAAUAACCGCACAAAUUAUAGGUAUAAAAUAGUAUUUAAGAAGUUGCAAUAAUUACUAUAUUUAAUUUACCUGUUAUAAUGUUUCUCUUCUUUUUUAAACUAUACUGUUAUAAUAAUUGAAUAAAGCAAUUGUUUUAGAAAAGUUUAUCAAAUAUGGAGCAACUUAAAUUGGAUAUUUAUGUAGAUAGGUAUGUAUAGCCUUAUAUUAAUUUGAUUGAUAUUUACCAUAUUUGUUAUGUUUGUUUAUUGUUAUAUAGGUCCAAGUAUUGGAUCACGUGCAACAUUUCUUUAGGAAUAUUAAAAUUUAACUUUUCCUAGAGUACUAACAGUAUUCUAUUGUACUACACAUUAUAUUAUAUAUUUUAAAUCUGGUACAAUAAUACAAAUAUAUUUUCUCCACAUAUUGUCGUGGUUAUUAAAAUUAUUAUAGUUAUUGUUGUCGUUACUGUUGUUACUAUUACUAUGCAUCGUGCGGCAAUAAAUUGUAAUCUUCUGACCAUGUGAAUAGAGUGUGUUUUCAACGCAUAGAAGUAGCCAUUCGUGAACAAAAUUUGACUAUAUAAAAGACAAAAAAGUGAUAAGAAUUAAAUGAAGAAAAUGGCAGAUAUGAAUA